AAGUCCCAUCAUACUCAUCAGCCAUCUGGCAAAGAGAGGGAAAAUCUCUCUCCCUCUCUCUUUUGUUCUUCGUGUAAAUCCAUUUUGUUCUAAUCUCUCCGGCUACCUCGAUCUCGUAUUUCUCAAGAUUGAAGAGAGAGAGGGGGGAGGUUAAGAAUCAAAAAACACAAAAACGAAAAUGGUAGGCAAAGUCAUAGUAUCAUUAGUCUCUCUCAUCCUCGUAGUUGGCGUGGCUAUUGGUGUGGUGGUCGCGGUGAACAAAGGCCAUGGUGGGAGAGAUACCACGAGUGCAACCGCCCCAGUGGCAACCUCCUCCAAAGCUGUGACCAGCUUCUGCUCCACCACUAACUACCAGGACGCUUGCGUUAACAGCCUCGGCAAUGUGGCUAAGAACGAAAGCGCCACCCCUAUGGACUACAUCAUGGCGGCCGUUAAUGCCACCAUCGAAGAGGCUGCCAAGGCAUUCCAAGUGGCUCAGUCCGUAAAGGUUGAUGCUGCCAAGCACCCUAACCAAGCGCUAGCCGUGGACGAUUGCAAAGAGAUGUUGGAAUGGGCUGUUCAGGACCUCCAAGCCGCCUUCUCCAUGGUCGGCGAUAGCGAUAUGCACUCAUUGCAAGAUCGGGAAUUCGAAAUAUUGAAUUGGUUCACCGCCGUGGUUUCGUACCAGCAAUCAUGCCUUGAACAGCUCGAGGUCCCUGAGUACAAGUCUGCCAUCGAGAACGGUAUGGUCAACGCUACUCAACUCACUAGCAAUGCCAUCAACAUUGUUGCCAAGAUCUCAGACGUCCUUCAAGCCUUUGACAUCAACCUCGAUAUGUUCAAGCCCAACACCACCACCACCCCUACCAAAUCACGCCGACUUCUCGAAGUGACCGAGGUUGGACACGACGGGUACCCCACCUGGUUCCAGGCCGGCGAUCGCAAGCUUUUGGCCACCGGUGCAGUAACUCCUAAUGCCAUUGUCGCCAAAGACGGAAGCGGUCAGUACAACACUAUCAAGGACGCAGUGGCUGCAAUCCCAAAGAAGCGUCAAGGAAAAUGGAUCAUCUACAUUAAGGCCGGGAUCUACAAUGAGAUCGUCUUGGUACCUAAGAGUGCUGCCAACGUGUUCAUGUACGGAGAUGGACCAACCAAGACUAUUGUUACCGGCCGCAAAAACUGCGGCAUCGACGGAACCCCAACCAUGCAUACUGCCACAUUCGCUGUUCAAGGACCCGGGUUCAUUGCCAAGAGUAUCGGAUUCCAAAACACCGCGGGUACAAAAGGACACCAGGCCGUGGCGUUCAGAAGCCAGUCGGAUCAAUCGGUCUACAUCGACUGCAGGUUCGAAGGGUACCAAGACACGCUCUACUACCAAUCCAACCGGCAGUUCUACCGCAACUGCUACAUCAGCGGAACCAUCGACUUCAUCUUCGGCAAAGGCACGGCCGUGAUUCAAAACAGCGACAUCGUGGUGCGAAUGCCAGAACUAAACCAGCAGAACACCGUAACCGCAGACGGGAACAUAGAAGCAAACAGUAUCGCGGGAUUAGUCCUCCAGAACUGCAGGAUCAUAGCCGAGCCAGAACUGGUCCCAAAUAGGUUCACCAUCAAGUCCUACCUGGGGAGGCCGUGGGAGGCGUAUUCGCAGACCGCGGUGAUUCAGAGCGAGAUCGGGGAUUUGAUCCAGCCCGAAGGGUGGAUGAUAUGGGCGAACGCGAACAACCACGAAACCUCGGUUAUCGCAGAGUACGCAAACAGGGGACCUGGGGCCGUUACUGACAAGAGGGUGAAGUGGAAGAAGUACAGUAUCAUUACUAAUAGCAAUGAGGCUCUACGGUAUACUCCUGCGAUUCACCUUGAAGGAGGAAAGAAACCGAGUCAGUGGGUCCUUGCUACCGCGGGAUCCGUCGGUGUUUCUAUCGAUAUGGGACUUUCCCCAGCUUGAAGAGACGAUAGAGAGAGGAGAUCAGAGAUCAGAGAUGGAGUUUAAUUUUCUUUUUGUUUGUUUUUCGCAAAUGAGUGUUGUUGUUGUUGUAAUGGAGCCGGGGCCGGGGCCGGGGGUUUCACUGGCUUGUAUGAGCAAUCUCUCUGUAAAUGUCCCUUCUUUGCCUAAUUGAUGCAGUAACAUAUAGAAACACGGCAUUCUCGAUUUAA